UGUAAUAAUGUUGCGUAAGAUUUCAAGCGAGGCUCCUCGUUCCAAGAGACUUUAUAAACGCCGCUCUGGAUCAUCAUCAUCAUCAUCAUCAUCAUGAGCGUAAACAUCUCAUUAGUGGAUAAUCAUCAUCAUCCCGAUGAUGUUUUGUUAGAAAUCCUAUCAAAAUUACCCAUCAGAUCCCUGCUCAGGUUCCAGUGCGUGUCGAAAUCAUGGCGAUCCCUAAUCUCCGACCCCCAAUCCCACAAGAAGCUGCCGCCGGCGAUGGCCGGCCUCUUCUCCGCCGGCGCCAGCCCCAAAUUCGUCUCCCUCGCUUCUCGAUCCUUCGUCGAUCCGUCCACGAUCGACUCCGGACUCUCUUUCUUGCCCGAACCCCGCCGAAUUCUCGGCGUCUGCAACGGAUUGCUCCUCCUCUCAAACCCUAAUUCCCUCUUCGUCUGCAACCCCGCGACGAGAAAGCGGGCGAAAAUCCCAAAGCCGCCCAGGGCUUCCAUCGAGCUGGCCCUUGCUUUCAAUCCCAAUUCCGAUACCCGCUCCUUCAAGAUCGUAUCUUUCCCGUUGCCGGGGGGUGAUCCCGUGCGCCGCCGUGGCUCCGACGAGGUCGACGUCUUCUCGUCGGAUACCGGCAGCUGGAGCACUGUCGGUGGAAUCGCCGGCCUCAGUGAGGUUUGCUCCGCAAACACCCGCAUUGCUUGCUCAAAGAAUGAAUCUUUUUACGUUCUUGACGUCUAUUACGGCCGUACUUUCGCGCUUGAUCUGAAACUGAAGGAGUGUCGGCCGUUACAUUGGCCUGAUGGGUCGAUUCGGAAGGCCGGUCUUUGUGCGCCCUGUUUUGGGUUUUUUAGGGGGAUGUUGCAUAUUGCAUUCGUAGUGCGUGAUGCUAUGCAUGUCUGCGUCCUUGACGACUCCAGGAGCGGUCGUUACGUUUUGAGGUUUAGGAAGAGCAUGGGAGAGAUAAUGGGUAAGCUUUCCUGUAGUAUGGUUCUUGUGGACAUCCCUGCUUUCCAUCCAGAUUUGGAUAUAAUCUUUCUCCAGUUACAGUAUAAGGGUUGUUCGAAUGAAAUAAUGCCGGAGAUAUUGUUCUCUUAUCAUUGGGGGAGUGGCAAAUUGGAGGAGAUCUGCAUUCGUAAGAACGUUGAACCUAUGUUUGCUUACGCGCCCUGCUACAAUGAUGAUCUGAAGUUGUAGAUGUUGGUCGUAAGAACAGUUAAUGUCAUCAGUUUCUGUUGUGUGUCUGUAAAUAUUAUUAGGCAUCUCAUGUAUAAUUCUAUAGAGUGACAUUAUAGGUAUCUUAUCUGUCAAGUUUUUCCACUCUCACCACAAAAGACUUUGCUUACAUGGAA